GUUUAUCGUUUCGUGUGAAUUUAUAUUCCGAGCGGUAUAAAAGCGAAGGGGCUUGAAUUCAGGGUGCAUUAUUUGUUUGCAAACAGCUCAAGAAAUUACUGUUAAUCCAGAAGAGUCGUCGAAAUGAAAUCCAUUUACGCAGUCACCGUCCUCCUUUUCGCUCUCAUCCUAUCGGCCGCCGCUGCCCCAAGAUGCCCGAUACCUUGCAGUCGUGAGGCAAAUCCCACGUGUGGCUUCGACGGAACCUGCUACAGAAUGUUUGGCUCCCCUUGCUUCAUGGAGAACUACAACUGCGGAGCCGGCAGCAGAUUCCAAAUAGCUCCAGAGGAAAAGUGCAACAUCCCCGAACUUAGAUGCGCUUAAAGACCCACAGGUGAACAUUCGCUGCACAAUGGACUGACCUAUACCAAAGAGUAUUAUGUUGAAAAAAGAUAAGAUAAAAAGUUUACUAAAUAAAUAUUAAUGAAUUUAU